AUGUUGACAGUCAACAUGUUACUGAGUGUCUUCUUUCUGCCAGGUAACUUCGCUGGUUGUCCUAAUCCACAGCUUAUUGCUGACACACCUCGGCAGAUUGAAGCUCUGAGUGGAUCUUGUUUGCAAAUCCCAUGCAGCUUCAAAUCCACACAACAUUCCACAUAUGACAACAGAAGACCCAUCUAUGGAGUUUGGUUGAAAAAAAAUUCAAAUUUUAAAGCCAAUCCAAAUCCUGUUAUUUUCAACAGUGAUGGGUCAGUUAACAUUUAUUCAAUGAAUACGACUGGAAACCUGAGUGAGGGAAACUGCACCACUCUGUUUCCUGAAUUAAAGACGAGUUAUACUGACAGUUACUACCUCCGAAUUGAGAACAAGCCAUUCUAUGCAACAGCUGAAUAUCAUCGUCUUCAUAUAACAGUUAAGGAUUCUCCUUGGAGUCCCAGCAUUAAUGUUCCCUCUGACCUGAAGGAGCAUCAGUCUGUCACUGUAACCUGCUCAGCUUUCACUCCCUGUCCAAACUCACCUCCUGAACUCACCUGGAAUCUCCAACAAGACUCUCUCAGACAAACAGAGAAAAACACAGAUGGAACCUUUACAACUAAAAUCCAGGAGADCAUCACUCUGUCAGRYACACAUGAUGGAUACAACAUCASAUGUUCUGCCAGAUAUCCUGUGAUUGGAGGAAACAAGACAGCAGAGACAGAAGUGACUCUCAGUGUUUCAUAUGCUCCUAGAAACACCUCAGCAUCCAUSAGUCCAUCAGGUUUGGUGUCAGCAGGUAGCUGGGUGGAGCUGAGCUGCUCCAGCAGAGCCACACCUCCACCCAGAUUCACCUGGUUCAAGAACAGCAAACAUGGAGCCACUAAUGUGUCUGUGGAGCAGGUUCACAGGUUCAAUGCUACUGAGGGAGAAAAGUUUUACUGUGUGGCUACAAAUAAUCUGGGGAAUCAAAGAUCACGACUGAUCUCCGUCAGCAUGGAAAUCAGUCGGGAAGAGAAAGUGAUAGGUUAA